UACUGUCACAUUGGAGGAGGAAGAAGAGCAGACUGGAGAUCUGAUUAACACCAGAGAGAGACCAGACUCUUACUCUGAAGGUAGGACGUGUCCCGCCGAGGAACCAGACCCAGUGAUGUCCAAAUCAGCAAGACCACAUCACUGCUCUCAGUGCGGAAAGAGAUUUAUCCAGUUAGGACACCUGAAAAAACAUAUGAGAAUGCACACAGGAGAGAAGCCUUAUCACUGCUUUCAAUGUGAAAAGAGAUUUUCCUCAUCAGGUUCCCUGAAAUCACAUGAGAGAAUACACUCAGGAGAGAAGCCUUUCCAAUGCUCCCAGUGUGGAAAGAGAUUUUCCUCAUCAGGUUCCCUGAAAUCACAUGAGAGAAUACACUCAGGAGAGAAGCCGUUCCAAUGCUCCCAGUGUGGAAAGAGAUUCUCCCGGUCAUCGCAUCUUAAAUUGCAUAAGAGUGUACACACAGGAGAAAAACCCUUCCAAUGCUCCCAGUGUGGAAAUAGUUUUACCUCAUCAGAUUCCCUGAAAAGACAUAUAGGUUUACACUCUGGAGAAAAGCCUUACCACUGCUCAGACUGUGGGAAGAGAUUUAGCCGGUUAAACGGCCUGAAACGACAUGAGAGAAUACACACUGGAGAGAAGCCCUACCAAUGUUCCCAGUGUCAAAAUAGUUUUUCCCAGCCUGCAUACCUGAAAUACCAUGAAAGAACACACACGGGAGAGAAGCCUUACCAUUGCUCACAGUGCGGAAAGAAUUUCACCAUGUCAUGUAACUUGAAAACACAUGAGAGAAUACACUCAGGAGAGAAGCCCUAUCAAUGCUCCCAGUGUGGAAAGAGUUUUAACCAGCUAGGGAGUCUAAAAAUACAUGAGCGAGCACACACAGCGGAGAAGCCUUACCACUGCUCCCAGUGUGGAAAGAGUUUUAAGAAAUUAGGCAAACUGAAACAGCAUGAGAAAGUACACACAAGCGUGAAGCCUUUUGGAAUUACUCCCACUGUGGAAUAAAAUUAACAUGAGCUAACAAACUCUGUAGAGUAGCCUUUCCACUGAUCCUACUGUGGAAUGAGAUUUACCUUGUUAAGGCAACUGACAGAGCAUGAAAGAAUGCACACUAAAGAGAAACAAUAUCAAUGCUCUCAGUGUGGAGAGAUAUUUACCCAGUUAGGGUACCUGAAGGACCAUGAGGUAACAAACACAGGGGAGAAGAGAACAAGGGAGAAGCCUUACCACUACUCCCAGUGUGGAAAGAGCUCUAGUACAUCACACAUACUUAGAAUUCAUGAGAGAACAAGUGUUCCCUUUGUCUCAUAUUUGUUACAGAAAAUGUGUGCUUUUUGUUUUGCCAUAUGAAAUCUAAUUGGAUCAAGUCUACUAAAAAAAUAAUUGGUAUGUUUUAAAACAAAUCUCAAGACAUGAAUUCUUGAGUAUAGAGCACAUCAGAAUCCAUUUGUAUGCUUUAUGUGAUUAAAUUGUUAUUUUCAAA